CGUCUAUUUAUAUCUUAUUUUGCAAUGAUGGACGGAAGCAGAAAUUUGAUCCAAAGCUCUGGGUUUUGCUCAGUUUCCAGCCUCGUGAGAAUACAAAUACCGCUUCCCUCAGUUGUAGUCCACAUUAGGACAGAAUGCAGUCCAUUUUGAGCGCCAUGAAAAUGACAGACGAUGUGAUAAGCGUCUGUCCCGGGGAUUGUAAUGGCAGAGGAGCUUGCGUCGCCGGGAGCUGUGUUUGCGAGGUCAAGUAUAGUGGUGGCAAUUGCACAGAUUACAACCUGGGGUACAACGUUGGGUUUGGUGCCAUUUUCUACAUCUUGUCAGCAGUAUCCUUCUUACAGUUAAUUUUAUGUAUAAGAUCAGAGUUCUGCAAGCUAAAAAGACCAUCAGUAGCCAAAGCAUGCCGCCCAACAGUACAAAAGAUGCUGUAUGUGUGUAUGAUAAUCGCUUGCGGCUCUAGAGGACUGUAUCAUUCAGUGCAGGGUUAUCUACCGGGGGCGCUAGCCCCUAAUCUGUUCAGCGUGUACUACCCCAUGAUCAUAUCUGGCUUUUCCAUUCUUAUCUGCUUCUGGGCCGAGACAUUCCAUGUGGCGGGACUCCGUUUUGAUAAGCCAAGAUUCCUUAACAAGUCCCAUAAAGGCUUCAUAAUGAUCAACUCGUUUAUUUAUGUGGUUCUCCUGGUCCAAGUCAUAACAAUAGAGACCACAGACCUGAAGACGCAGAUAUACCUAAAGAAUAUUUUUAGUGGAAUAUUUGCCUCUCUCAUGUUCCUGGUCCUUGUGUUUUUCCUUAUUUAUGGAGUAGAGCUAUACUAUAAGUUAAGAGGAGCAUUCAUCACCGCCCAGUCUGCGAGUGUAGACUGUACACAGGCCACCCUGUCCCGGGUUGGCUUGGUCUCACAGGCGUUAUUCCAGCUCCUUACAUCACUCUACCUGAUGGGCGAGGUGAUGGGGAACGUGUGGAAAGACAGCAUACCUGUUGCAAGCCGUAACAUCCUGGAGAUAUUGUUCCGAGUCUUUGAGGUGGGAGUGGCUUUGUGGUUCCCAUGCUGCCUAUGGAACUGGGAAAGCCCGCACCAGUUAUGGGUCCUCAACCCAAAGAAACUCCUUCGAUUUCACCGCUCGGCUGACAGUGAAACAAAAAGUCUUCUCUCUAGUGGCUCCCCUACAACAAGCUAUGAGUCUAUAGAGCCUGCUAAGGAUGAGGCUACAAUUGAGUAUGAUUGCUGGGUGUGUUAUGAUACAACUCGCACAGAUGCAGGGCCUAUGAUAUUUCCAUGCAAAUGUAAGGGCGACGUGGCCGCAGUGCAUCAUGAGUGCCUUAGACGGUGGUUACUAGAGUCAACAUCCUCAGAAAGUCGAGACCCCCCUAGAUGUAAAGUUUGUGAUGAAGAGUACAUACUAACAGAAGGACGCACAUGGUUACCUAAUGGACUCACCGUAAGGUACUGGUCUGUUACCAUAGUGAUUCUAUCAGUGAUGGUGGCCUCACCCACAGGGGCCUACAUGGUCUGCUUCAUGCCGCUAUCAACGGCCUGCAAGGUGCUCAUUGUGGGAAUGUCUGUCAUCAUGGAAUACCUGUGUCUUAGAUUGCUUGGGUUCAAUAUCGUUAGCGUGUACAGAAGAGCACGGAUAACAGCCCUGACGAUUAUUGGCCGAAAACCCGAGGAGAGAACGGCAAGUCCUGAGCCAUCCGAGCAAGGCCCGAACCUUCCAGUCAUGUCCACGUGACAUAGGGGAGGUUUCACGUGACACCCAGGAAGACUUGUGCAUCUACCGCCAAAAUGAGACUGAUGGUGGAGACUCAUACAGUGAAACAUAGCAAUGCGCUAUGCAUUAUGGGAAGGGUCAGGCAAGCAAAGGACCAUAGGUAGGAGCUCCUCCCAUCAUGCCUUGUGUGCUUUCCUUGGGUACGGGGAGAAAAGCAAGCAUGAACAUUAUCAAAUGAGAUAAAAUUGCUUAUACAUAGCUUAAUAUAGAUUUUUUAUAUCAUCAAAUUAUCAUUUUUGUAUUUUUUUUUAAUGUUGAGCUCUUCAUUUAGAUUUAAAAGGAAGUGAAGCUUCCCAACAAGUAUUGCUUGUUUUCCUUUUUUGUACAUUUUGUAUAUGAAACUUGAUAAAUCUUUUACAGAAUAACUUUAUGAAUGAGAGAGACUUGGCUGAAUACAACCCAUUCAGUCACGUGAAGCUCGUUGCAUUGUUUAGUUUUCGCAGGUGUAAAAGCGACGAAAGUAAAGAUUGUGAAUGAUAUUGCGGUGAUAUAAAUAACCCUUGACAAAUUCAAGGAUUUAGCAAGUUAUUCAAUUGGAUAUGAGUAUUUAUAUCUUCCUUCCUGUUCGUCAAAGAAUUAAAAAUAUUAAAAGAAUGAUUGAAGAAAAAUGUUUGAAUAAAUAAAUUACAAAUUUUA